AUGCAGUGCUUCGCAAAUCCACUUCUCAGGCAUGUAAUUCACAGGAGCUGCUUUGAUGCUGAUUCAAAGAGGCAGUGCUUGUAGUAUUUAAGAACUUUGAGGACAUGGCAGCUUAACAGUUUCAACAUCAUUUUCUUAGGGGAAACAGAUAUUCCAGAAAGUCUCAUAACAGGCGAAAAAACAGCCGAGAAGGCCAGCCUGUGCUGGACAAUAUGGACACUUGUUCAUGCUGGCAGCCACCAAGUGUGGGUGCCCUGGAGGUACAAGCUGCUAUUAAGACACGAUCUGCCCGUCCAUCAGCAGAAUGGUAUCUUUCAGGAGUUGUGUGAAUCUCUGAACAUGUCCUGUGGGAAAUGUGUAAUUGUGACGAGGGAUAAAAUGCAGCUGAUGCAUGUGGGGGCAAAACACGGCAAGGAGAUGGAGACGAGAACUCUGCUGCCAGUCCCACCAGCGAUCUACAUGUCCAGCACUGAGUGUUGCCCUGAAACUGCUAGAGCCAAUGCAGAGCUUCUUGUUGUGCCUUUGUCUUACAGCUAUCUCUGUCCUAUGGACGUCACCUGGUCUUGUUUGAAACGGUUCAUUAUAAACAACAGGAAGGAGUUUGCCCUGAGGUCUACUGAGAAGACCCACUCCUACAGAUGAAUCCUCUUCAGUGACUUGGUUGUUAAAGGAAUAGAGAAGGUGACCCCAGACAAAUGGAAGGUAGCCAUUAACAGAGUGAAGAGAUGGGAGAACUACGACCUUGACACACGUUCUUAA